AUGCGACUUUAGCCAUCGCGGCAUAAGUGGCGACCAACGUGUCCAGGGGUCUGUCUUUGAACAGCCUCCCACGCUCUCGACACACACCCAGCUCAUUGCGCAAGUACCUACUCCGUACAUACUUACAGACUGCUAUACUACGAGUAUACUAGUCUGGCACCUCGGGGAAGAGGGAUUUGUACAUUUACUUGCAAGUGUUUCGAGGCCAAAGGGGUAUGCCUAUGUUCCCAUUAGCAAAUCGGCUCUAGGGCCUUGUAUGCCCGGCCACCACCUUGUCUGCCAUGGCAUAAUUCUGGUCCUUUCCCUCUGCAGACGGCAAAACUCGUUGUGCAUGCAACGCCAUCGUUUAAGCAAUCGCGAGCGACUGAUAGCGGACCCCAGCUCGCCGUUUGGCUUCCUGACUGGGCCGUUGCCAGUUCCACUGUGGAGGCGGCUUACAAUAUUACCUGUACACAAAGGCAGCAUUCCUGUCAAUGUGCAGAGUAAUACCCGACUUGUACGAGCGAGGGAUGGAGCAGUGCCAGCCGCCUACAUGCUCGUACAUGCGCACAUAGCAUCGAAAGCACCUGGCACAAUUUUACAGGCUCCUCGCCCAGAGCAAGUGUCCACAAUGGACGGUUCGGCCGGGAUCUUUGUCCCAUUCAGUCUCCAUUCAGUUUCGCUCCCUCUCGCGGCCUAGACGGACGAAUCCCAGCGUCGAUUUGCUUUCGUGCCUCUCCGCAACAGUCUUGAUGUGUGUGCGGCCAAAGGGGAAGCCGUCUCC